GGACCUUUAAGCAGAUGGGGGGAGCCCGGGGGUCUUCCGACCCUCCUGACCCCUCCCCUGGCACGGCCCUGCUCUGUGACACCCUGGGACCCGUAACAGCCGGGGUCAGCCUUGGCGCAGUGUUAUAUAGCGCAGUGUCCCCGGCAGCCCCGCUCCGUUUUCUUGCGCCGCCUUCCCUCCUCACUCGUUCAGUCAGUCCGAUGUGCACCCACGCCAAGGAUGGCCGAGGCACUGGUGGCGGAGCUACACAAGUUUAACAAGAAUGCCAGGCACCUGCGGCGGCUACAGCGGGAGACUAUACAAUCCAUAGAAGAUGUGGGACACUCGGGGAACCUGGCGGAGGACCAGAUCGGGGAGAUGCGCCUCGGGGAUGGGGAGAUACGGGCGCUGCGGGGCGUGCUAGGCGGGCCCACGUGCAUCCUGGUGUGGGGGCAGGACGCGUGCGGCAAGGUACUGGUGGUGACGCGGUUGCUGGGCGAACAGGUCCUGCCCAUCGUCCCCAACGCCCCCUCGCAGCCCUGGAGACCCAUCCGCCUCAAGCACGCCCAGACCCGCUCCGUCUCCCUCACGCUGCCCGAUGAUGCCCCGCCGGAGACCGAGGGCGCAGGGUAUGAGUUGGCUCAGUCCCUACAGGCACACCAGCGGCCGUGGGGCACCGUGCCGCGCGCCGAUGUCGUGGUGGACCAGCAGACGCAGCAGGACCCCGUGGUGGGCAGCGCCGUGUUGGAGGUGGGCCUCAACCACCCGCUGCUGAGGGAGGGUGUGCAGGUGGUUGUGGCGCCCUCCGACACACCAGGGUGCUCGCCGCUCGCCUUCCUCGCCCCGCUGCUGCCGGAGGUGCUGCCCAUCGUAGUGUACGCCAUCUCCAGGGACAACCUCUCCGACCAGGAGGUGUCUGAGCUGCGGGAGCUGAGGCAGGCGCACCCCAGCCUCCCCGUGCUGUUCAUCCGCGUCCCUCCGCUGCCGGAAACCUUCAGCGAUGACCUUCCAGAGUCUGAGCAGCACGACAUCCUGUGCAAGCUGCAGGUCCUCUCCCCGCCCGCCCACCCAGACACCCAGCCCCCCACGCCCCCAGCUCCCACCCCCGCCACGCGCCCACACGGCCCCCUGGUCCCCCCACAGCUGCACCGCGUCCUGUGUGACACUCUGGGGUUUCUGACGAGGACGCCGGUGCCCAAGAAGAUGCGUUGGCGGCUGGUGGAGCAGAGUUACCACGUGGACAGCGAGUUGGUGGAGAGCUUUGACUCCUUCAGCAGCAUCGUGCCUUACAUGAGGAUGGUCCUGCAGUCACACCUCAUCCAGGCAGCAACCAUACUCAACCAGGCCCAUAACAGGUGCAUGAGAAAGUUUAUCCUGUAUGCAUUCGACAUGGCCAGAGAGAUUCAGAUCACCCCGAGAAGGAUCAGCUACGCGCGGGAGAAGGAGGCCGAGCUGUACGAGAGCCUAAUGGACAUUGCCUCCCGGAAACAGGAUGAGAUACGGACCGUCAUUGCCGAGACUGUAGCCAAGCUGAAGGAGGAAUUGCUGGACAAGGCUGCCACUUAUGAGUUCAAAGAUGUGGAGGUGCUGCCACAGGGGGAGCAGCCACAGGUGAGUGGUCGAGAGGUUCGGCAGUGCACCAGUCAGAUCCAGGAGCUCGUCAUCAGCUCCCUAAAUGCUGAGGUUGGGCGGCACCUGGUUGAUCGUGUGGAUGUGAUGCGGGAGUCCUACUUGGGGACGCUGCAGCGUUGUCUGGAGAGUCUGGAGAAGGACUGCCGGGCCUGCGGGGAGGACCCACACAUUGGUGAUGCCCUCAAGCAGAUGGUGAAUGCAGCCUACCAGGUGGAGGUGACUGUGACCACCUCUUCCUCAGUCCUUCGAUCACUGUGGGAGAAAAUGAAGCAAAUAGUUGCAGCCAUGCCCGGAAGAACACCACCGGUUAUUGAUGCUGAGUGGAAGCGAAAAGUUGCCUCGGACAUUAUCAUGAGUCUUUCUGAAACCAAGCUGACCAAGAGCAUAUGUGCACAGUUCCGAGAGAGGCUAAAGAACAGCCACGACUCCUUCCUGGGCAGCCUAAAGCUCCUGGAGGCCCAGCUGACGACACGACUCGUCAAGACAGAAGGACAACAGACCCGCAUCAAGAAGGUGGACGCGCCCAAGCUUGCCCGCCUCUCCCUGGAGUCCACUUCCCUCAGAGACAUGAUACUCUUUGGUAUGCCGCGGCUGGAACGAGAGCUGGGGCGUGGCCAGUACGGUGUGGUGUAUGGCUGCGAGUCCUGGGGAGGCCACCGACCCUGCGCUGUCAAGUCUCUCGUCCCCCUUGAUGAAAAGCACUGGAAUGAUUUGGCCAUGGAAUACCACUACACAAGAAGUGUCCCUGAGCACGAGAGAAUAGUGGCAUUGCGUGGGAGUGUGAUAGACCACAAUUACGGGCAGGGCGAGACCCCGGCCGUGCUGCUUAUCAUGGACAGGCUAACGCGAGACCUUUACUCUGGCAUCAAGCAUGGCCUGGACUGGCAGGUCAGAUUACAGAUCUCACUUGAUGUUACUCAAGGGAUUCGCUUCCUGCACUCCCAAGGCCUCGUGCACAGGGACAUCAAGCUCAAAAAUGUCUUGCUGGACAAGCAAAACCGAGCUAAACUGACAGACUUGGGCUUCUGCAAGCCUGAAGCCAUGAUGUCAGGCAGUAUAGUGGGCACCCCGAUACACAUGGCCCCAGAGCUUUUCACAGGUCACUACGACAACAGUGUGGACGUGUAUGCCUUCGGUAUCCUCUUCUGGUACAUCUGUGCCGGCCACGUCAGGCUGCCUCUCAUCUUUGAGCAGUGCCACUCUAAGGACCAGCUGUGGAACUGUGUCAGGAAGGGUGCACGACCAGAAAAACUUCCAGUUUUUGAGGAGAACUGCUGGAGCUUGAUGCAGGCGUGUUGGGAUGGAGACCCCGCCAAGAGGCCACUGCUGGGAGAUGUUGAGCCCAGACUGAUGGAGAUAAUGACAGUGGAUGCCAAGAAGCUGGAGGAGGAGAGGGAGAAGGCCAAGGAGCUGGUGCCUAGUGACCAGCCAGAGGACCAGAACGUUCAAGACUGUACAGUUGACUCUGCCAUUGAUGCUACAGAACAAAUGGCCUAUUUAGCACGGGGCUCUUUAUCUGUGCUGGGGAACAGCCUGCCGUACAUUAGUGGCACUCUGUAGCGGCUGGCCUGGGAGUAUAGUGGCUGUGGUGGCAAGGUGUCACUGCGGCAGGUCACUUGGUCUUAUUGUGCCUCGGGGAAGGUGAAGAGCUGGCAUUCCCUGACCUUACAACACCUUGCCUGGAAACCCUCUCACCAGCAUCGUUUCCUGUAGCUUCCAAUUGCAAGUGUAUUUCCCUGAGGUUCCCUGGCGUUCCUACACCUUUUCUGGAGACCCUCGCUCCUACAACAUGGAUUUCUUGUAGCUUUCAGUAAAUAGUGAUUGAAAAGAGUAUUUCAAAGGUGUGCUUUGCAGAGACUCAGGAAGUUGGUAAGCAGACCAGUGAGGAUGCAGAGAAUCAUUAUGAUACCCUUAUAAACUUAGUUUGACCUCCCUGCCUUGUGUAACCAAAGAUGCAUUAGUAGCUAGGGUCUUGUUGAUGUAUCACUUGUUUAAAAGUGCAAAUAAAGCUUUGGUACUGUUAAUCAUUGAUAUGUAUAUAGGUCUUAUUGUUUGUAGUUUUAUUUUUGCUAUAAAGUUUUUAAAUAUUUAGAAUUAACAACUUUGAAGGACUCACUCUUGCUGCAAAAAAGUAUAUGGUAACCUGUAUUCAGCUUUGAAAUAAAUAAAAAAAUGAGUUAGGCAGAUAUGUGAUAUAUAUAUAUGUACUUUAUAUGGCAAUCUCUUGCAGGAUCUCACUGAGCAAUCAUCAUGGAUGUAUCGAGUACCAGUGAUAUUUUUAUAUCUAUUUUUAUGCUUUUCUAUUGAGCGUCCAUCCUGUCCCGUCUUGUAUGUAAGCAUCAAAUGAUGAGAAGAUAUUCAGUCCUGUCCUCUGUUGUACUGAUGGAAAAAGUAUACACAAAAGACAGUAUUGGGACAUGAUAUCCACUCUGAGGAGUGGUAUUACCCUCACAAAGUCAAGACUUUUGGUGGGAGGCUGAGUUCGCCAAAUCAUUAACUUUUCCAGUCAGUAUUCGUAUCGGAAAAACAUUAAUCUGAAAUAAAAGUCAAAAUAAAGCAUGUUCAUCAAUCUUUCUUUUGGCGAUGGAUAAUUAUCAUGGCCGUUGCUCAUGUUUUCAGAGCUGUGCUAGUUUUGGUUCCUGGCCCAAGUGUUGAUUGGAAUGUUUGUGAACUGGCAACCAUAGCCAUCCUGUAGCACUGCUUUAAUCCAGUAAGACACUGUGGCGUACUGGUGCAGAUUUAUGUCUUAUUUAUUUUAGUAUACACAAGAACAUUUUUCUACAAUAUAUUAUUUAAGGAGGCUAGUCCACUUUUGCUGCUUGCUUUAUCCCACUGCACCAGUGUGUUGGCUACUGAAGCAUUCCAGUGUACAAUACAGUUCGAGUCAUUAGUUUGUACUUCAUUGCAUGGUCUUUAUAUUUUCAUUGCAUGUCUGUUGUGGGGGGAGAUAGGUUAUUUAUUUAUAGUGUAUACAAAUACCUUCCGAGGACUCAUUUGGGCAUUCUACUUCAAGGCAAACGACAGGCUUAAUGGGAGCACUAGCAGGUAUUAUGCCUCCUGUGAGACAUAAAAAGGCUGCUGCUGGGUGUUGUACAGCCACUGAGGUUUAUUAAGAGUUUGGUAUCAUAGGAACUUAGAUCUUUCAUUGUCAAGAGUGCCUAGCCUUCUAAUAUUGCUUCAAAUAUUUUAACUUUGCUGGCCUAAGCUUCGUGUGUAGUUUUCAAGGUUAGGAAUCUGGCUGCUGAGUCAAGUUUUUUAGUCUGCUGAAAAAUAUUUCAAUGUGUGAAUAUGUAUUAGUUAGUGAGAGCUAUAUGCAGUAAUGGACUCCUCUUGCUGAUUAUGUGAGUUAGUUAUGUUGAUGCUACCUCUGCUUCACAUUUCUGUGCAUUGUUGUAUUUUCUGAUGUCUAUUUACAAGGCAUUGUGAUAAAGAAGUGACAGGAGGGUCCUAUAUAGUGGGGUACACUAAAGUGAAGACCUUGCAGAUCUGCUGUUUAUGUUAAGCUGUGCACAUCACUGAACGUAAUGGGAAAAGAAUCUGAUGUUGACUUGAAAAAUCUAGUUCAUUCAAGCACCAAAACUGUCACACUGAAUAACGACUAGAUGAAAUAGCUUUAUAGGUAAAAUUUUCAUAAUAAUAACAUUAACAUCAAACAGCAUAGCAUGUUUUGAGGCAUUAUAAUUGCAGUGACCUGCCUGGUGCAGAAAAGCCUUAAAAACCCAUUUGGUAAGGGGGCCACCUCUUAUCUGAAUUUUCAGUAGAGGAGCGGCUUCCUAUCUGCCUGGUUGUGGGUUCAGUCCCUGGUGUCAGAAAUGUUUGUUUCCUCCUUUCCGGGUCUGGAAACAUGAAAAACUGACCCAGACCCAGAAAGGGGGAAACAAACACUUUCAACACCGUGGAUUGAACCAGCGACCAGGCAGCCCUUCCUCUGCCAUUCGGCUAAGAGGCCUCCUCUAACCAAGUAGGGUUUGGGGGGCUUCUCCACAUCAGGUGGGUCACCACACAAACACAUUUGUGUUGUAUAUCUCAAAAAUAAAAAGCUGGCACCAAAAAUAAUCUUGGCAUGAAUUUCUCAAAAUGUAAAUAAUUUUUGCUAUUACAAAUGGUUAAUACUUUUUAAACCAUUUAUCGAUGGUAGUUAUCGUUUUAUUGCAGAGUAAUAGCAAUGAACUCACUCCUGAUGAUCACUAUCAAUAUUGUCUGGUUCUUCCAUAUCUCAACACUACAACACAGUGAUGAGACUUUCAAAAGUACGUAAGACUUAACCUAUCAGUGCUGGUGACACUGUAUUUAUAAGUUUGCCAAGGGCCAGGAUGAUUAUUUUAUGCUUUUAAAUUCUGGAGUCAAAAAAUAACCUGAAAGGGUCUCCACGACUUUUUCAAGUAAAUUAGCUUGAGUAUGAUUGCAGUAGAGUUAAAACCUACUAGAAAGAAAUGCUUCCAAAUAAAUGACAGUGAAGGGAUGCAUUCAACUGCUGGGUUUUCCUUAUUUACAUAUAUCUGGUGCACUUUUCUGAACAGCUUCCCUUUGGUCUAAAUUAGUGGCUUAAUUUUCAUAAUCACACACUAAUAUACAUCUGCAAGCCUCUAUUAUUUACAACAUCCAUAUACCUCUUUAGACUUACAAAUGUUUAUUGUUUUUAAUGUUGCAAACCAUGAGUAGUGUUUUUGCUUGAUGUAAAGAACCUCAUAAUACAUAAGUUAAGAGUGCCCAAAACGUUCAUAAGGAAUCUGACUUGCCUUACCUUAAUCUCAGUCUUGCCAGUUCUCAGGCUGUGGUACAUAUACAGAGUUAGGCUUUAAGUAUUUUUCCAUUUUUCCACCGACACGUCUGUUACAGUUCUGCUUCGUACCCGUGUGAAGAAUGCCUCCCCAAUUUUCAUCUGUAUUUGUAAAGUUUGAAGACUGUUUGUGUAUGUAUAAUUUUAUUGUAUUAAAGAUUUUAAAUAUG